CCUGGAGCUCCUCGGAGAACUGACGGACCUCAGUCUCGGGGGCACCCCUUCCAGCCAUGGCAGGAGGUCCCCUUCUAUGUCAGACCCCAGGGGCAUGGAGAUGGGAGGCUCCGGUGACUGGGCCUUGUCCGACCUCUCUGAGAGUGGUAGCGCCAGUGUGGAUGAGGAGAAGCAGGUCGCGGGAAGCAGGACAGGGGAGCCGUGUGGGCAGUGCUCUGGGACAGGAGAUGCGGGAGGAUCAUUAGCUAAAGGAUGUCCCAUGGGGAGGCCCUCAGUGCUCCAGCUUGUUAGGAAUCUCUUUGGGCUCAGGCAGAGCGUGCAGGAAGGCCCAGAAAUCAGAGCAGAUGCACAGGAGAGAGGGGACACCACGGACCUAGAAGAAAACAGCUUCCUGGUGCCUGACGUGGCUGAUUCUGAGAACUGCCUGACGGCAGGCAAAGAGCUGACCGGCGACCACCCAACCCGUGAGCCCUGUGGAGAUGCAACAGGCAACCAGGUGGAAGAGAUCCUUGGAGAGCUGAAGGAUAUCAGUCUUGGGGACAUUCCUUCCAGCCGCAGCAGAUCUCCUACGCUAGACCCCAGUGGCAUGGAGAUGGGAGACUCCGGUGGCUUUGUCAAUGUGGCUAUGAGCAAAGAGAACAAAACAGCCCAGGAUCCAUGCUGCAGAAUCUCUGCGAGGGAAGCAGAAAGGGUGGGAGAAGCUUCUGGUGACACAGGAACAUGGGGAAAGGAUGGGAUAUCCCAGGUUCCGCAUCCUGACGACGAAGGAAUCACCCCGACGGCAGGACCCCUGGCAAUCACCCCCGAGGAAUUACAUGCCAAGGAGGAGAGAGAGCACCUCCUGACAGAGGCUCUAAACGGAGGAUCUCCCAAGGCAGGGCUGUCUCCGUGGAACAAACUCAUCAACAUGUGCAAGCAGCGACGGAAGCUUCCCAUUCCUAAGCACCACCUCCAGGAAAACCCAGCUCAGCUGGGAAUGAAAGAGGGCCCCACUCUGAAUCUAACUUUGUAUGAAUUUGCAACAUCUGAGCCUCAUCUCAUCUCUUCAAAAUCCUCCACUACUACCCUAAUCUACAGGCUUCCUGAUGCCGGAGCUGAAGAAACUGCUGGCCACUUUGACAGAACCCAGCUAGACCUGAGGGCAAAUGGACUGGGAACACCUGAAGAGGACUGAGAGCCUGCUCCUAGAAGAGGUGGGACAGUGGCCCCAAGACCAAGAUGCUGUUUUGCUCACAGUGAGUCUGCAAGCCCCCUUCAUCUAGCAGAGGAAGAAGAAGAAUGAAGAUUCAGACCUGUUCUUUGGUCCCCACCAGGCUGCGGUCUGGGACAAGGGCUGUUAGCAGCAAACACAUUCCUGUCUCCUCAGGCAGUGUCUGCCUUCCCCCUUCGAAUGUCUAUCCCCUGGUCUUCUCCCUUCUCAGUCCCGCCCCCCACCGAGGGAUGCCUCUGCCUGUCCUAGACUAGCAUCCUCUGUAUUGUUAGUGUUUUGCGUUGAUUGAUUGCGUUCAGCUCCCCUUACACGCACAGUCCUCCCUCCUUAUUAAAGGGAGUUCUGUGUUGGA